AAACACUCUUUUUCUUCGAACAACAUUGGUUGUCUUGUUCUUAGAACAAAGCAUGGCUUCAAUGCCUGGAAUCCUCACAGAUUGGCCAUGGAAACCUCUCGGAAGCUUUAAGUAUGUGGUGUUAGCUCCAUGGGUGGUUCACAGCAGUUAUUCUGUGAUGGUGAAGGAUGAGAAAGAAAGGGAUGUGAGCACUUUUCUGAUAUUACCAUUUUUGGUUUGGCGAAUGCUUCAUAAUCAGAUAUGGAUCACUCUCUCUCGUUACAGAACAGCCAAAGGAAAUGGUAGAAUUCUUGAUAAAGGACUUGAAUUUGAACAAGUUGAUAGAGAAAGAGAAUGGGAUGACCAAAUAUUGUUCAACGGAUUACUCUACUACUUGGCCUGCUACACAUUACGUGGUGCAUCACGUCUUCCAUUAUGGAGAACGGAUGGAAUGGUUAUGGCAUUGCUGAUUCAUGCAGGACCAGUCGAGUUUCUUUAUUAUUGGUUACACAGAGCACUGCAUCACCAUUUUCUAUAUUCUAGAUACCAUUCUCACCACCAUUCUUCCAUUGUCACAGAACCUAUAACUUCUGUGAUUCAUCCAUUUGCAGAACACAUAUCAUAUUUUGUUCUGUUUGCAAUGCCCAUGUUAACCCUAGUAUUCACAAACACAGCUUCUGUGGGGGCCAUGGUCGUGUAUGUCACUUACAUUGACUUCAUGAAUAACAUGGGUCACUCCAACUUUGAGGUUGUCCCAAAAUGGCUCUUUGACAUCUUUCCUCCUCUCAAAUAUCUCAUCUACACCUCAUCGUUUCAUUCUUUACACCAUACCCAGUUCAGAACAAACUACUCCUUGUUCAUGCCACUUUAUGAUUACAUCUAUGGCACAACUGAUAAAGCUUCUGAUACAUUACACGAAUCUGCGUUAAAACGAGAAGAAGAAACAGCAGAUGUUGUGCACCUUACACAUCUCACAACUCCUGAAUCGAUCUAUCAUAUCAGACUUGCAUUUGCUUACUUGGCUUCUGAGCCUUACACGUCAAAAUGGUACCUGAAUUUGAUGUGGCCUCUAACAGCUUGGUCGAUGAUCCUCACAUGGAUCUAUGGUAGAACAUUCAUUGUGGAGGGAAAUCGUUUUCACAAACUCAAGUUGCAAACUUGGUCUAUUCCCAAGUACACUCUCCAAUACUCCAUGCAAUCACAAAAAGUGGCUAUCAACACAAUGAUAGAAGAAGCAAUACUUGAUGCAGACAGAAAAGGCAUAAAAGUGUUGAGUUUAGGUCUAAGAAAUCAAGAAGAAGAGCUUAACAUCUAUGGAGGAUUAUUUGUUAGCAGACAUCCAAAGUUAAAAGUUAAGGUUGUCGAUGGAAGCAGUCUUGUAGUUGCUGUUGUUCUUAACACCAUUCCCAAAGGAACAACUCAAGUGUUACUUAGAGGAAAACUCACUAAGGUUGCUUAUGCUCUUGUCUUCUCAUUGUGUCAACAAAGUAUUCAGGUUGCUACAUUGCAUGAAGAUGAUUAUGUGAGGCUUAAAAAGUCAAUCAAAGGCUCUGAAACUGAUUUGACCUUUUCCAAAAGUAGCACACAGAAGAUUUGGUUGGUAGGAGAUGAAUUGAGUGAAGAAGAACAACUAAAGGCACCCAAAGGAACAAUAUUCAUUCCAUACACACCAUUUCCACCAAAGAAAUAUCGCAAGGAUUGCUUCUACCAUUCCACCCCAGCAAUGUUAGCUCCUCCUUCACUUCAAAAUAUCCAUUCUUGUGAGGAUUGGUUGGCAAGAAGGGUAAUGAGUGCAUGGCGCAUAGCAGGAAUAGUACACUCUCUUGAAGGAUGGAAUGAACAGGAAUGUGGUCACACUAUGAAUGACAUAGACAAAGUUUGGCAUUCAACUCUUCAACAUGGAUUUCAACCUCUUCAAGUGCAAGUGCAAGUCAAAGAGUUAGCUCAAUAUUAUUAAUGAAGAACAAGAAAAACAUUAUAAUCAAUGUGUUUUUCUCCUAUGUUUAAGCUCUUUGGUGAGUGAUGAUCCUAUUUAUGGAUAUCAUCAUGGUAAAUAAGGGUGUUAAGUGUUACAUUUGGACAAGCUAAUACCAUCUUACAUAAGUGCAA